AUCGUGCCGUGAGUCCCGGUUGGUUUCUUGGGUUGGUAGUUGCAGAGGCUGGUGAUGGCGGAGAAGGGAGGAAAUGGGUCUUCAGUGCCCAGUCAGGCGGUCAAGUACUCGCUCAAAUCUGCAACAUCCAACAGAGCAUCUGCGAAAGGCAAGGACGAUAGCUCUGGGAAACCCAAGAAGGCGAGGAAGGUUCAGUUUGUUUCCGAAGGUCUGGGGGAUGGAAUUUUCGGCUUCUCAUCCGGUGGCAAAGUGGACAGUUUGUUGAAUAAAUUGAAUUUGGGCAAAGGAGGGAAAGGAGAUAAGACUGGCAAGGCUGCAAAAAGUUCCGCCCCCAAAGAACUGCUUCCUCUAGAGCUCAGAUUUGAGCACGAACUCCCAAAACAUGCCAAAUGUCUGAUGGACUGUGAAGCUACUGAAAUCUUGCAAGGAAUCCAGGAGCAAAUGGUCAUAUUGUCUGAGGAUCCAACAAUCAAAAUUCCUGUAUCCUUUGACUGUGGAUUGCAGUAUGCCAAAAAUGGAAUUCAUUAUGCAGAUCGAGCAUCAGUUAGAAGAGCUCUAGAGCCUCUUACACAAUAUGGUGUCACUGAAGGCGAGAUAUGUGUCAUUGGGAAUGUCUGUCCAGAAACGCCGGAUGAAGUUUUUGCUCUUGUUCCAUCCUUGAAGGCUAAGAAAAGCAAGCUCGCUGAGCCUCUCAAAGAUGUUCUGGCUGAACUAGUUAAGCUCAAAAAGGCAACAUGACAGCCCAGCAGAGAUCUGCAGUUCUCUUGUUUAUAAUCUUUACUGUAUUUGCUGCUCUCGGACUCAGGGUAGAGUAGUUCGGUGGGUUAGGUUGUGUGUAUAGCUUCCCCUAGCAGAACAUGAAGCAGCAUCCUCUGGACUUUCCUGCAUCAUUUUGUCACUUGUCGGAUUCAGUAAUUUACUUGAAUUCAGAGAUGUAAGGUUUAUCCUUGAGGAAAGUGUUACUGAUAUUUUUAAAGUGCACUGUGCAUAUGUGUUGACUCCCUGA